AUGGAAUCGAGCUCCAGCAGGUCGACUCUGCCGUCUGAGAAGGUCUUCUCCAUUCAAAUUGGCUCGAAGCUAUUUCGUCUCUCGGGCGCUUCCAUCGCCUCGGACGCUCCCUCCUACUUCUCGCGCUUCUUCGAGGAGCAAUUGCGCCACGAUGCCUCCAAUAUCAGAACCCUCUACAUUGAUCGCGAUCCGGUCACUUUUGGCGACAUCGCCAGACACCUUCAAGGCUAUCAUGUCCGACCUAGGGAUGGCGCGCAAUUCGUGAAGCUUUUUGCAGACUCUCAAUUCUACUCUUUGCCCCGAUUGAUGUCCCAGCUCUUCGAAUCCGAAAUCUUUAUACAGAUCGGCGACCGCCACUUCCAGAUCCCCCGAGAUAUCUUCUCGAGUCCCGGUGAUGCGCCGAACUUCUUUACCUUGGGUUUUGCCGCAUUCUUUGCCUCUCCUACUGAAGUGUUCCCCGGGCUGGACCGUCAAGGGCUCUUGCGACCCCCGGCCAUUAUCCCCCCGAGUGUCCCGAAUCGUUCGGCUGGGGUAUUCUCAGAGCUACUGCAUCUACUCCGCGGGUAUCCUCUACACAUUCGGAACGAGGACCAUCGAGCAGAGCUCCUGCGCGAUGUCCGCUAUUUCCACCUGCGUGGUUUGGAGCAGAAGUUGAUCCCACACCAGAUCACGGUCAAUCCCUUCAAUCAGCGUUCCGAGAUUGUCAUUCGACUCGAGGAUGUGCGGCCCUCUGGCGUUCAGUUUGCUCAGGACGUCCCAGCUGGAUCCUUCCCAGGUGGAUCGGUCAUGUAUGUACGUCCCUUUGUGGAUGACAAUCCCGCCGACUUGAUCCUGGAGAUAGGCGACGAGUCCACCGUGGUCGAUCAGGAGGCAAUGAGGGCCGACUUUCUGGAUCUGGCCAAAUCACGCAUCACGAGUCUAUUACAAGUUGUGGCCAAAAAGAUGAAUUUGCCCGAAUCACAAUCCCCCAUGGUCCCGAUCUCAAUUCGCUUAGUGCACGAGACCGAUCUCAUAGCCAACGGUGAACUAGGGGGUACGCUGGGCGUCAAGGCUGAGUUGGACGCAGAUACUGCGCCCCCAGCCAAGCGCGCGCGAUCCGAUGACUCGGCAGACGCUCUCUGGAUUGUUCGAACGGGGCAGUGGAGAUUACGAGUGCAACCCAAGACAACCGGGGGGUUCGACUUUUUUCUGGUUGCCGUGAAACUCGACGUCUUUAACAGCCCGCGAAUCCGCAACCGCUCUCGAACCUUCCUCUAA